AUGAAUUUAAUUUUGAUGAACAUUUGCUUGCAUAUUAUUUGCAUUCUGAAUAUCAAGCCUAAUACUGAUGAUGAUUUAGAAGUUAUUGCUGAAGAACCUUUGGAAAUUGAAAAAACUUUGGAUUUAUCAAGAUUUUUGCAAAAUGCUGUAAGAAAUAAUAGAGAUAAUAAUCAGGAAUUAGAAAGUAAAAUGAAUAAACAAAUUAAUUUGAAAGCUUUUAAUAAAGAGGAGGAUUAUAAUCUAGCAGAACUAGCAGCAAUGUUUUUAAAAUAA